AUGGGGCUCAUCUCCAUGCUGCAGCUGCUGCUGCUGCUGCCAUGCAUUGUGGUGGUGGUGCUAGCAGCGCUGGCCGCCAUUCAUGUGGCAUACGUCCUGCUCCGGCGUCGAAAGCCCAACCAGACAACGCAGUCAUGCCGUUCAUCUCUCCCGGCGGCGCCACCAGGCCCCGCCGGGCUGCCGCUGAUAGGCAACGCCGUCACCUUCUUCGGGCUGCUCCGCCGCAACCCGCACCGCGCGCUCGCGCGCCUCGCCGGGACCUACGGCCCCAUCUUCUCCUUCCGGCCCGGCAGGACCUGCACCUUCGUGGUGCUGUCGUCCCCGGCGCUGGCCCGCGAGGCCCUCGCCGAGAAGGAGGCCGCGCUGGCGGCGCGGUUCGUGCCCGACAGCGUGCGCGCCCUGGGCUACGGCGCCGGGUCCAUGGCCUUCGUCCCGAGCUCCGACCCGCGAUGGAAGCGGCACCGCGCCACGGUGGGCGCCUUCCUCACCUCCACCAGGGGCCCCGCCGCGACGCGGCGCGUCCGGGACCGCCACGCGUGCCGGCUCGCCGCGCGCCUGAGGGCGCGCUCGGGCCGGCCGGUCAGGGUCGGCGAGGCCGUGUUCGCCGCGGCGAACAAUGUCAUAUCCAACAUCCUCUUCUCCGAGGACGUGGUCGGCGGCGCUGGCAACCUGCAGUCCGGCGUGUUCGAGCGCGUCGUGGGGGCGCUCUUCGAGGAGUGGGCGAAACCUAACGUGCCCGACGCCUUCCCGUUCCUCGCGCCGCUCGACCUCUUCGGCUCCCGCCGCCGCACCUCCAGGAACCUGGCGCAACUCUACGAGCUGUUCCACGGGGUCAUUGACCGCCGGCUAGCCGGCGGCGAGAGGACAUGUUCAUCGGCGCGAGUGAGACGAGCAACAUCACCGCGGAAUGGGCCAUGGCGCACCUGCUCCGGCGCCCGGACAAUGGAGAGGCUGCGCGCGGAGAUCGCGGCGAGCCUGGGGGCCAAGGAAUUCGUGGAGGAGGGCGACCUCGGCAGCCUCCCGUACCUCCACGCCGUGGUGAAGGAGACGCUGCGGCUGCACCCGGCGGUGCCGGUGGUGACGCGGGAGGUGGCCGCGAGCGGCGGCGUCUCGUUGGGAGGGUUCCCCGUGGCGGCCGGCACCUGCGUCCUCGUCAACCUCUGGGCCAUCGGCACCUGCAUAUCAACUGAUGAUGAAACUGUGCAUCCCAGAAUUACUAUGGCAACGCGAUCAGAUGCAACUACAUUGACUAACAGUAGUGAGCCUGCCCAUUUCAGAAAUAAUACAGAAUACUGA